AUGAGUCUGGUCUCGGGCUUCCCUCACCACCCGGUCAUGCACCACCAUGAAAGCCACUAUUCCUUGCACGCGGCGGCUGCGGCGGCGGGUCGCUGUCACGAGGACACCGGGGCUCCUCCGUACUUCACGAGCUGGCUUAUCAGCCACGCGGACAUGUCCCCGACAGAAUACGGCCUCGCGCCCGGCUACAGCCCCGACUACCAUGGUAACAGCAGUGGCUCUACAGGCGGCCUGGACGCGCACCAUCACCCACAUCACCACCACUACGGGCCCGGCGGGAUGGUCCCGGGAGCCGGGAUAUCGGUGAACGGAGCCGCGGUUGGCAUGCACCACCACCACACACACCCCCGAACCGUGAAGCGAAGACCCACCGCCAACCGUAAGGAGAGGCGGCGGACCCAGAGCAUCAACUCGGCUUUUGCUGAGCUGAGGGAAUGUAUCCCCAACGUGCCGGCAGACACUAAGCUGUCCAAGAUCAAAACAUUACGGCUGGCCACCAGCUACAUCUCCUACCUGAUGGACAUCCUGGACAAGGACGGACAGCAUGGAGACACACAGGCCUUCAAAGCCGAGCUGAAGAAGACGGAGGCCAGGGAGGAACGGAGGAAGAGAGAGGCGGUGGAGGUCUUGAAGACAGCGUCAUCCUCCUCGUCAUCAUCAUCAUCGUCAUCAGUCGGCGAUAAGAAGACUAAAGGACGGACAGGAUGGCCUCAACAUGUCUGGGCCCUGGAACUCAAACAGUAGUUCCUCCAUCUCUUCUCCUGCA